AGUCUGCAGAGACUCCUCCUCUCCACAUCGCAACGAUAUGUGGGAUGGAAAUCGGUAAAGUACCUAGUAUUUACAGUCCCAGGAGGAAACCGGGACCUCUCUGUUGCUCUGAAAUCACAGUAGGAGUGUUGGAGCAAAUCAGAAAGCGUCCAACAAGAAGUCACAAGGGCGUGAUCUACACCGGCCGACAGGUGGAUACAUCUGCAGUUACAACUGGUUGAUUCAUGAUGUAGCCAAAGGACACGACAACAUCUCACCUGCUGCUGGAAGAUGGCCUCUGCAGCCAACGAUGUCCACCUGGGCUCGGGCCCUGAUGAGGACGACGAGGGUCCGUCGGGGAGCGAGUCCGACUCAGACAGCAUCCUCUCUGACGACUCGGUGCUUCCGGACUACACGCCUGAGGAAACAGACGGCUCCGCGGCGUCAACGCUGUACGGAGCGUGCGCCCACAACAAGGUCGCUUCUCUGCAGAGAGUUCUGGAGAGAGGGGUCACAAAGGAGGAGGCCACAGAGCUGGACAUCAAUGGCAUGAACGGCUUGAUGGUGGCUUGCUGCAAAGGUUUCGUGGACAUUGUAUAUGGGCUUUACGCGUGUCCCUUUAUAGACAUAAAUCAACAGGACAACGAAGGCAACACUGCUCUGAUGAUUGCAUCCCAAGCAGGUCAUGUCAACACAGUCACGUACCUGCUGAACUACUACCCUGGCAUAGACACUGAAAUAAAGGAUUGUCGCGGUUUCACCGCAUUGAUCAAAGCUGCAAUGACCGGCCGCAAUGACGUCAUGGCUGCCCUCCUCAUGGCCGGGGCUCACAUACACGCAGUAGACUCCACAAGAGGAAAAUGCGCCAAGGAAUGGGCAGCGAAAACAGGUCGCUAUGAUACGCUGUGUCGUCUCCGCCGCCUCAACAUGCGGCCAGUAGCGGAGCAGUGCUGCGAAAGUUAUGUCCCUGAGUGGCCUGAGCUCCAGGAGAGGGUGGAAAAGGCCACAGCACAGAAGAGUAGCAGGGAAAAAAUCACCCAGCGGAUCAAAAACACAUUCGUAUUUCGAUUUCCUCGUGACCCCGAGGACAACGGGGCCUUGGACCACAUGGUGCGCAUUACCACCAGCGUCCACAGUCCCCUAAUCUCAACGGGAUGCCGUCCGCUGUGCCCCACCAGCCCCCCCGAGAUGGGGAAGAGACGCCUGGCUGUGCCCGAGCUGAUGAAAAAGCACCCAGCCAAGGACCUAGAAGGGAGCUCGGUGUGCCACAGCAACGGCUCGGUGUCACACGUCAUGCCCACAAUACAAAAUGUCGAUUCCAUCUCUGUGGCGUGCUGCGGCGAUAGAGAGCGGCGGGAGAGCAUCCUCUCUUUGGCUUCCACCAAAGUUAACAGCACAUUCAUGUCCCGCUCUAUGGCGAGAAGGAACAGCGUGUUCCCCUCUGGCUGCAUCCCCAAGAUUGAUGUCAGCAGGCCUUCCGAAGCGACGCCAAAGAAAGAAAAGAAAAAGAAGAAGAGCAAAGGCAAGGGCUUUUUGGAACCACCCAUGUGGAGGUACAAGGAGAUCAAGGAGGAGAAGAAGAAGGAGAAGAAGAAAGCUGAGAAAGAAAAUGCAAAAAAAGAGAAAAAGAAAGAAAAGGAGAACAUGAAGGCCCAAACUUAAGAGCUUAAAAAGUGCUCUUCUGCUGUAUGAAUCAUUCAUAUAUAUGUUUAAAUAUAUAAAAUAUAAAAAUACCAAGAUUACUUUUUUAACAAUUAGGACACAAUGUAUGAAACCCAUAUUUUUGAUUCAGUUUCACAGGUGCUAUUAUGGUAUCUACCUUACUAACAUAAACAUAAAACACAGCCAGGCAGGAACCUACUGAAUGUGUACCUGCAUCCUUUUCCCAUGCAAAUUGGAAAUAUAUACCAUAAAAAUAUAGCUAUAUCAUAGCUCAUUUGUAUUAUUAUGAAAUGUUGUUUUAUGUGUGGUGUUUUUUUGUAAAUAGCUAACCACAAUAAAUUGUAAAUAUUGUACAGUAUGGAGCAAACAUGCAUCAAAAUGCCAACAAUGUAUUCAUAUAUAUAUAUAUAUAUAUAUAUAUAUAUAUAUGUGUG